AUGAUUAUGGCUCUGUUCUUUCUCUAUACCAGGAGAAGGAUGCAAGACUUACGCUGGGGAAACCAUAGCUCUCUUACUGAGUUUAUUCUUUUAGGAUUCUCUCGUAACACAGAGAUAAAUGUUAUUCUAUUCAGUGUCUUCCUCUUCCUCUACCUCAUCACUCUUCUGGGCAAUGGGCUUAUUAUCACCUUGAUACGCAUGGACUCCCGCCUCCACACACCCAUGUACUUUUUCCUCAGUGUCCUAUCCAUUAUGGAUAUGGGCUAUGUCACCACCACAGUGCCCCAGAUGCUGGUACACCUGGUUUGCAAGGAGAAGACCAUCUCCUACAUUGGAUGUGUGGCGCAGAUAUACAUCUUCCUGAUGCUAGGAAUCACUGAGUCUUGGCUUUUUGCAAUCAUGGCUUAUGACAGGUAUGUGGCCAUUUGCCAUCCCCUGAGGUAUAAAGUCAUUAUGAGCCCUUUGCUAUGUGGGUCAAUGGUGGCCUUCUGUGGAUUCUGGGGUAUCAGCUGUGCCCUGAUAUACACUGUCUCUACUAUGAUUCUUCCCUAUUGUGGUCCUAAUGAGAUCAAUCACUUCUUCUGUGAAGUACCUGCAGUCUUGAAGUUGGCCUGUGCAGACACAUCUCUCAAUGAUCAGGUGGACUUCAUCUUGGGCUUCAUUCUUCUGUUGGUCCCACUCUCCCUCAUCAUCAUUGUCUACAUCAAUAUUUUUGCUGCCAUCUUGAGAAUUCGCUCAGCCCAUAUGUAUGAUAUGUGUAUGCUUAUAGUAAUAUUCUAA